AUGACAUUGCAUCGUUCAGUCAUCACUUGUGAAUAUCGGCUUUCUGCAGCUGUCAUUCCUCCAAAAAUGAGACUGAGCCACAUGGAGACUAUGCCUUUAAGCCAGUCAAGUCCUCAAGGAGCACCGAGAUCAUCCUGGAAGAUGUGGCUCCUCUGCUCAGCAAUAGUUGUGUUGCUGUUGCUUUGCUCCUUCAGUAUACUGAUUCUUACUUUUCUCCCACUCCAGACUGCUAAGGAGCCCUGUGCAGCUAAGUUUGGACCAUUACCCUUGAAAUGGCAAAUGGCAUCUUCUGAACAUCCUUGCGUGAAUAAGAUAUCUGAUUGGAAGUUGGGGAUACUUCAGAACGGCUUGUAUUUAAUUUAUGGUCAAGUGGCUCCUAAUGAAACCUACAAGGAAUUAGCUCCUUUUAAGGUUCAGCUACGUAAAAAUGAAGACAUCAUACAAACUCUAACAAACAAGUCUAAAAUUCAGUAUGUAGGAGGGACUUAUGAAUUGCAUGCUGGAGAUGUAAUAGAGUUGAUAUUCAACAGUGAACAUCAGGUCCUAGAAAAUAAUACGUACUGGGGGAUUAUUUUACUAGCAAAUCCCCAAUUCAUCUCCUAG